GAAAAAACGUCGAAGAUGAACAAUGAUAUCGUAAUAGAUUCCCACGACAAAUUCGUUUGGACCACUUUUCAGACGGAAUUCGUUGUACAACAUGAAGAACACGUAGUAGCCAUCAGCGGGUCUCUGGUAGAAAUUGGCCAAUGGAACAUUCGACAGGCUUUAAUGUUAGAUGAAAAACCAGAAAACUCUGGAAAAUGGAUAGUAUCACUCCAUGUACCUGCUAAUGUAAAAUUCGAAUGGAAGUGGGUAGUGGUAUGGCGGAACACCCGCAUCGCUUUCCGAUGGGAGGAGCGUCAGAAUAGAGUAACAGAAGUCGGGGAGCGCGGUUUCGUGUGUCACGCCUACUGGAAUUGUGAUCCGACAUACGAAUUCCUACCAGAAUCACCGAGUAUCAACACAGAUAAAGGUGAUAACUGGACAGCUGAAGAUGAUAAACUGCUAGAAAAGCUUCCUGAUGAUGAGACACUCGAUGAUAAACAGAGUCGUAAAAACGUUUUUGUAAUUGCUAAUUACAUCCGUGAUCUGGGCUGCCUGGUAUCAUGGUCACUGCAGAGUCUCAAAACCAAAGUGAUGUCAUUCUUUUAUGGAGUGGGAGGACUUUUCCGGCGGAGCAAUUAA